AUGGAAUAUAAAAACGAGAGACUAGAAGACGUUACUAUAGAAAAUGAAUAUAUAAACAAUCGGAUUAAUUUAAUAGAAUAUGAGUCGUUUGAAAAAAUAACUCCUUUAUUACCAAUAAAUCAAAGUUCUUGUAAAGUUUUUUCCGCUUUGUAUGGCAAAAGUAAAACCAUCGUUUGUCUAAAAACGUUAAGAAAAAAUUAUUUUAAUAAUAAGAAUACUGAUCGAAAUGUUAUAGAACGAUUUGUAAAUGAGUUGACAAUAUUAUCAAAAUUAUCUCAUACAAAUUUAGUAAAAAUUUUAGGAUUAUGCCAAGACUCAAUAAAUGAUAGCAUGUUCCUAGUUAGGCAAUAUGCUAACGGUGGGUCCUUACGACAGCAUAUACAACGUGAUUACUUACGACUAACUUGGUCUGAUAAAAAGAGAAUUGUCAAAGAAAUUAUAACGGGAUUACAUUAUAUACACAAUGAAGGAAUUUCUCAUCGAAAUUUGUCAUUUUAUAGGGAAUCAGCAAUUACGCCUGGUACACCUCUUAAAUAUGUUCAACUUUAUAGACAUUGUUGGAAUGGGGAUCCUAAUAAGCGUCCAACCAUCGAACAAAUGUUAGAUAAUAUUGAAAAUAUAAAUAUAGAAUCAACUGUACGUGAUUCUGAAUGUCGGUUCAAAUUUGAAUCACCUCCAAAUUUACCAUUUCUUGAUGUUCCCGUGGCCACACCUUUUAUCUCUCCAAGAGUAGAUUCAAUUGGUUGGCGCAAUUCGAUUCAUGAAAUUGGUUUUACGAACCAAAAUUAUUUGACUCAAUCGGGAUUAAAACCUAAUGUCACUGACCCAUUACCAAAUAGUAGGCCUGAAAAAUCACGUAGUGCGAGCUUUGAAACCCUAACGAAUAAACGUUCUUAUGUUCUAAGCGAAAAAAGUCAAAGUUUUCAUGUUCAAACUAACAAAAAAACAGAAGAGAAAAACUCCAAUGUCUUUAAUAUACGCGCUACAACAUCUUUAUUUGAUAGUCGCCAACCACAAGUAAUUUUGGUGGCUCGUUAUUCACCAGCAAAAAACAUUAUUUCAGUUUUAAAUACAUUAAAGAAACGAGGGGUUAAUUUAGAUAAAAGAGGCAUUUACAAGCACAAAUCCGUAUUUCAUAGUCUUGUUUGGAAUGAUGAUUUGUUUGAUAUAUCAUUUGAACAUUCAAAAAAACUUCCUCGUCAUGAUCGUUUUCGUGCAGUAUUACGAUGGUUAAUAUCAACUGGACUAGACAUAAACGCAACGGAUAGUUCCGGAUGGACAGUUCUUCAUGAAGCAAUAUGGAAACGUAAAGAACCAGGAGUAAUUUUAGCUUUAUUAGAGAACAAUGCAAAUCCAAAUAUUCCAGAUAAUUUUGGAUUGACACCAUUACAUCAAUGUCUAGAUCUUUUACGUAAGACAAAACGAGAUGAUGAAAAUUUAAAUAUUUUCACCAUAAUAAGAAUACUUUUACAUUCAGGAGCAGAUCCAAAUCUGACAUUACCAGAAUAUACAUUAACAAUAUCAGGAGCAUCACUACCAAAUUGUUUGUUUGCAGCUGUUUACCUUGGUCUUCCUUUGGACAUUAUUGAAUUAAUGAUUAAAAGAGGAGCAGAUGCUACUUCUACAACAUUUAUGGGAUUAUUCUUGCUUGAUUUUGCAUCAAAAGUUAACAAUACUUUAGCAUUAAGAUAUUUGGCAGAUAAUAAAAAUUUAUUAAUGAAUAAAAGAACGAGUAUUUUUCAUUCAUUGAAGCAUAAUUCAAAAAUUGGAAUUCCGCUGAAAAUAGAAAAACAGAAUAAUGGAAUACGAAAAAUAUUGAAUAUAUCAAUCUUUUAG